ACCGGCAAACUCCUAGCGACUCCAAAAAAAAAAUAAAAACCUACUUCACUCAACAACAACAACAAUGACUUCACCUGGCUAAAAUCUGAUCGUAUCGUCAUCGUCACAGGUGGUAGAUCGAUUCUAGUGCAGAAUAUUUUUCACCACGUCUUGAGUGAGUAGCUGGCUAGUGGUAGUGUUGUUCUUGAAUAGGAGUACCAAUUGUAUAAUAGGGAACUCCUUUAUGGGUUUCGCAGUUCAGAUGCAAAUAAGGCUAGCGAAUCCCACACACGUGUUAGCUAGAGUAACUACAUCUUCCGAAGAUCUGUUGCAGUCAGUAACUGAUGCGGUUUGCGGUUCAGCGAUAGCAGUCCGAGGUUUAAACCUCGAAUGAACACCCACUUCCAUCCAAAAUGCUGCCCUUAGUGAUAGUCGUCGUUUUCGGUUUAGUUAGUUUCUGUGAUAAAAUUUCGGUGUUCGGUGCUAGCGCCAGUUAUGAGUUCAUCGACCUGCCGAAAUCGCAUCUUCCGAUGUUUUUUGAACGAUUUCCAGCGCUGAAGCAAAAAUGUUUGGAAGAUGUGCAAUGCGAGUAUCGGGAUACUAUCAAAAGCGAGUCCUAUCGUUCGAAGAAGGGUGUUUGUUGGGGCUAUGAAAACGAUUGCCCGGCUGAGAAACGGUUCUCCAAACCAAGGUGUCCGGGUGACUAUCGAGGGUACGUGAAGACGAAGGAAGCCCAACUGGAAACGUUCUACUCCCAGGGAGAUUUUGGUUUCAUAAGGGACCAAGUGAAAGAGACACGGAUUUUGUGCGAGCCUAGGUUCCCCUACGAUUCGGCUUUGGAGUGCUCAAAAUAUUUGCGGUUCUGUCGAGGAAGAAAUAUCAUGAUCAACUUCACUGAUCUGGCUACAAGAAGAGAACCACUGCGAUAUAAAAUGGAUGUAUUGAAAUUGGGUCAGAUAGGUGGUCAUUGUAAGUUGAAUCGGGAGCGGCUGGAAGCCGAAUUGGAACACAUAAGUCCGCUCCAAUCUUGGGGACCGGAGCUACGUUUUUUCGAGUCACUCGAUCAGCCACUGUCCGAAAGUGGCCAUUGUGAUAUAACUAUCAACCGUCCUGCCUUUAUCAUGAAAAUCGACGCCACAAUCAACAUGUACCAUCACUUUUGCGAUUUCGUCAAUCUGUACGCUUCUCAGCAUGCAAACCUAUCGGACCCACUGGGAUUUUCGACCGAUGUGGAAAUAUUGAUUUGGGAAUCGUAUAGCUAUAGUUCGCCGUUUGCGGAAACAUUUAAUGCCUUCACCCGGCAUCCGAUUGCCGAUUUGAAAACCUACGCCGGAAAGGUGGUUUGUUUCAAGAACCUGGUGCUUCCACUGUUACCGAGGAUGAUUUUUGGGCUGUUUUACAACACUCCAAUUAUAGCCGGUUGCGAGAACAGUGGCUUGUUUCAAGCUUUCUCGGAGCACAUUCUGCACCGGUUAAAAGUUCCGCUUAAAAGCCACCCGAGCCGGAAACUAAGGAUCACUUUCCUGUCACGCCAAACCAAAUUCAGACGAAUACUAAACGAAGACGAGUUGCUGGAGGAAAUUUCCGAGAACGAAAACUAUCGGGUUAAUCAGGCCAGCUACAGCCACCAUAUGUCGUUCCGGGAUCAGCUGCGCAUCACCCGAAACACGGACAUUUUCAUCGGAAUGCAUGGUGCCGGGCUAACGCAUUUGCUGUUUUUGCCCCGAUGGGCCGUCAUUUUCGAGCUGUACCAUUGUGAGGAUCGAAACUGCUACAAGGAUUUGGCCCGCUUGAAGGGCGUCAAGUAUAUGACCUGGGAGCGGGACGAUCUGAUCUACCCGGAAGACGAGGGUAAACAUCCGGAGAGCGGUGAAAGGCACGCAAAAUUCACCAAUUACGCUUUCGAUACGAAAGAAUUCGCCCGACUGGUGGCUUCGGGUGCUGAUCACGUUUGGAACCAUGAGGAGUAUCGUCAAUUUUUAGAGCGAUCGCUCAAGAAAAGCAAUAAAAAGCCUGUUGGACGAGAAGAACUGUGAAGUGAGGACUUUGUUAGAAUGUUUCUAAUGACGAAAUUAGAUUAGUUGUUGCCUUCCUAACUUUUUAAAUAGGUAUAACACGAAAGUUUUAAACUUUGCAAUACUCAACAAACACUCAUAUCUUAAUAAAUCUGAAGCGAAAAUCAGCUGAGGUAAAUCUCGAAUUUUUGUCCAGCUUUCGCUUUUGAUCUUAACGCAAAAAAGAGUCUGAUUUAAUAAAAAUUUAACUUUCUGUGAAUAGAUCAUGGAUUAAACUAAA